AUGCGGCGGCAGGGCGCGUGCGGGGGGAGGGGAGCGGAGCGCCGCGGCGGGGCGCGGGAGAGGCCGAGCCACACCCACUGGGGCGAGCGCGGAGGGCGGGCGCUCCGGCCGGAGGGCCCAGCGGCUCGGCCCGGGGCGCUUUACCUCGUCCCAGGGAUCGGAUCGGAGAGGGCGGGCGGCGGCGGCGGCGGGAGCCGGAAGGCGCCGGGGGCCGAGGACUCGGGCGGCAGGCGGCAGGCGGCGGCGGGGCGAGCGGAGGCUGGAGGAGCGGGAGGGAGUGCACUGCGGCAGGAUCUGUCGAGGAAAAAUCUUGCGGCUCGCGAGUCCCCGCCUUUUAAGUGCAGCGUCGCGCCGCCCCCCACCCCCGGCGGGGCGGCUGCAGCUAACUCGGGUCGGGAAAACGCGACAGCGACUGCCCACUCGAGGUCGUCAUGGCGACAGCCAGUGAACGUGUUCCUCUCCUCGGGCAGGCCCCCGAGUGUAGAGGAGCUGCUUCGAGAGGCGCAGCUCAAUCUCCAGAGCCUGUUGCAAGAAGAAUAUGAGGAACAGUACCCGGAGGCCAGACUUCUGGGGCAGACCUUCCGCUCUGCUGAUGAGGCCCCCGAGCCCACUCCUAGCCCAAGGCCCCAGGCUGGCAGGCGUCUGGAGUUUGUGCUGAUGCCUACAAAACGGCAGCCGAGCGAGGAUGAGACUACCACCCAGGGUGUGAGGGCCCCCGAGGCCUCCCUGAGCCUGUCUACCACAGCCGACAAGCAAGCUGCCUGGAAUAGCCCCUCCCCUCUGCCCAUCCUAGAGGAGAAGCGGUGGCUUCAGCCUUGUUCCACGCACUCUGACAUUGUGCCCAUCAACAUCUCUGGGCAACAGUUUGAUAAACAUGCAAGUUUGCGACACUCGUUGUUUAACACAGAGACAGCCGUGAACCCCAAGUCCACCCUGAGGCGGAGGCGGACCAUUAUUGGAUUCUCUAACUUUUCCCAGCGAGACCAAGGUCACGGCAACAGGCUGACGGGCAGCGUGGCCCGCACCGCCACCUCGGACAUCAGGCCCAGUCAUUCGGCCCCAGAGGGUGUGCAUGGAAGAGUGGCAGUUGGUCAGGAAGUUCAGUUCCCAAAUCUCACCUCCCCAGGACUGAGGAGUCCUUCUAGUGACCCGGAGGAACCUCUCCAACUGCGCGGUGCCACAAAACCCCCAGGCAUGGAGAGCAUAGGAAUGGUGUACAGCGUCCCCAGUUCUUGCAACGGGCCGACAGAAUCUACGUUCUCUGCUUCCUGGAAGGGAGAUACUUUUACCUACAUGACUCCAAGUGCCGCCAGCCCAAGCAGUCGAGUGGGUGAAAACGGAAGAGAUCCUUCCUCGGGCAACGCUUGGGUCCCUCUGCACACGCUGCCGCCUCUAGUUCCUAAGGAGGCCGCUACCCUCUUUGUCACUCGUGAUAACCCUGCAGGAUGCAGUGGGUCAGCUGGCUACUCUGAGCACCCAACUCAACGAAGGCAAGCAUCAGAGCGACCCUCCAAGAUCGGCCUUCUCACCAGUGGUACCUCAAGGCUGGAGACAGGCCCAGGGGGGUCCAGCAGGUUCCGGGAGCGGUCACUGUCUGUGCCCACGGACUCGGGCGCCGCGGAUGUGGACUACAAGGAGGAACAGAAGGCCAGUGAGGCCUGUGCCCUGCCUCACGCCAGUACGAGUUCUGAGGGCAGUAACAGUGCCGACAACAUUGCCUCCCUUAGCGCCCAACAGGAGGCCCAGCACAGGAGGCAGAGAUCCAAGAGUAUCUCUCUCCGGAAGGCCAAAAAGAAGCCUUCCCCACCCAUGCGCAGUGUCUCGCUGGUCAAAGAUGAGCCGGCCCUCUCGCCGGAAGGUGGGUCAGCACUGCCCAAGGACCAGCGGCCCAGGAGCCUCUGCCUCUCCCUGGAACACCAAGGACGUCACUCAUCCCACCCCGAUGCUCAGGGUCACCCAGCUGUGCCAACCUUCAAAGAUCCGGAAGGUACACAUUUCUCCCACCACUGGUAUCUGACUGACUGGAAGUCUGGCGACACCUACCAGUCCUUGUCCAGCUCCAGCACUGCCACUGGCACCACGGUCAUCGAGUGCACCCAAGUUCAGGGCAGCUCAGAGUCUCUCGCCUCCCCUUCCACAUCCAGAGCCACGACACCUUCCCAACUCUCCAUCGAGGUGGAGGCCAGGGAAGUAUCCUCCCCAGGAAGGCCCACAGGGCUGAUGUCACCCUCCAGUGGAUACUCCAGCCAGUCGGAGACACCAACGCCCACCGUCUCCAUGUCCUUGACCCUGGGCCACCUGCCCCCACCGAGUGGCAGCGUCCGGGUGCGUCCGGUGGUACCCGAGAGGAAGUCGUCGCUUCCCCCGACCUCGCCAAUGGAGAAAAUCUCCAAGUCACGGCUGUCAUUUGACCUGCCGUUGACCUCUUCAACCAACCUGGAUCUGUCUGGGCUGAGUAUCUCCAUCCGAAGCAAAACCAAGGUGAGCCGGCAUCACUCAGAUACAAAUUUUGGGGCCAAGCUGGCCCAGAAAACGAGCCCCAACCAGCCCGUUAUGCCCAUGGUCACUCAGUCCGACCUCCGUUCCGUGCGCCUGAGGUCAGUCAGCAAGUCUGAGCCGGAAGAUGACAUCGAGAGCCCGGACUAUGCUGAGGACACAGGAGCGGAAGUCUUCACCUUGCCAGAGAGAAAGACGAAACCUCCCAUAGCCGAGAAGCCCCCCGUGGCCCGAAGGCCUCCGAGCUUGGUCCACAAGCCACCAUCGGUCCCCGAGGAGUACACACUCACCUCGCCGACCUUGGCUAUGACCCCCAAGAGCUCAGUUCAACACACGCGGCCACUCCCUCAAGACAUCUACACGGUGGUGCGGAAACCAAAGCCCUCCAGCUUCCCUGAGGGCAGAAGCCCCGGGGAGCUGCCAGCGCCCUCGUCUCUCGCUUUCACACCUUUUGCCAGUUCCUCUGGUGCUUUCUUCUCAGGAACACAGCAACCUCCCCAGGGCACCACGGAGGACGGGGGCCCCAAGGCUAGAGCCCUGCCUGAAAGAAUCAGCCUCCAGAGCCAGGAGGAAGCAGAGAGAAAGAAAGGCAAGAUCCCACCUCCCGUCCCCAAAAAGCCCAGCGUGCUGUACCUGCCUCUCACCUCACCCACGGCUCACAUGGAGGCGUACGGGGCCGAACUGAGGCUGCCUCUCAGCCCCAUCAUCACCCUGCAGGAAGAAGCCAAGGGUCCCCCCACCAGUGACCACCCGCAGUCCCCUGGUACGAGGACAACUUCACCACUGCAGGCCGAAGGUGAAAGGGAGGCAAGUCCUCUAGGGAGCUCUGCAGAACCGAGCACUGAAGAAAAAAGUGUAAUCAGUGAUAAAACAGCCGAAUGGAUCGCCGAAGACGAUGAUGACGUGUUUGUGGCUUCACGCACAACGGAAGAUUUGUUUACUGUGAUACACAGGUCCAAAAGAAAGCUGCUUGGCUGGAAAGAGCCUGGGGAGGCCUUUGCCGGCGGCGGCAGACCGAGCUCCCAUUCACCAGUAAAGAACCCAGCUGAUUCUCCAGUCAGUGAGUCAGCUGCCUCUGCAGGGUCAAGCGGCAGUGCCAACCUAGAUGCUGGCAGAAACGAUGAUUUCAAGGCCUUGCUACAGAAGAAGGGAAGCAAGGCAACUCCAAAGUCCCGCCCCUCAGCAGCCGAACUGCUGAAGACCACUAACCCGCUGGCUCGGAGAAUUAUUGCACAAUUUUCACAAGACUACGAAACCACCGAUAACCCCAGUACCUAAGGCCCGGGUUCAGCAAACAGGGUUUAGUCACCAGACUUGAGUAGACGAAGGGGAAGAGAAAGGGUUUUAAAAAGGAGUUGUGGAAAUAACAGAAGAGCCUACUUGUCCUUUCCAUUCAUUCACCCUCUGGACAGCAGGAGAGAGGCCACUCGACCUAGAACUAAAAUCAUCAGGCACUUUAAUCACCUUCGGACAUUUUGCAUUGUCAUACGUAACAAUCUUGCCAUUACUGACUACAGAUUUUCUCCUUCUUUCCCCCCAGUGCUGUGCCCCGAGGAGAAAUUCUCAGGCGCAAGGGCACCUGUGCCGUCUUUUCGGUCACUGACCGGGCUGCUCUGUCCCUGACUCCUGUCACCGCGGGGCACAGCGCGAGGGCCGACUGGGGCUGCCGAAACGGGGGUUUUCCCAUUAUUCACUUUCCGGGCAAGGCCUCGAUGGCCCUGUGUGGAGAAGCGGAAAGACUCUGAGGCCUCUUCAACCACAGUCUUGCUCUCCCAAGCCCCCCUCAGAGAGGUUUGCGGGUGUACACUUAUUUCAGCAUGGGGUUGAUUGGCUGGCUUUUGUCAUGCAAAAUAUGAAUGUGACUCUGUCUUGAAAUUCAUGCCUUUUUCAGUUGGAUUAUCUACGCGGAGAACAGGGUGAUGAGUUCCGAUAAACAUGUAGACCCCCUCCCCCUUUAGCUAGGAAAAGUCAGGACUGGGUUGCUUUGGAUGAACCAAGUUCAGCCAACAAACGAGGCAGCCAAGCGUUCUCUCCGAUCUAGCCGAGGCGACUCACACGCGCGCGCGUGCGCGGUGAGAUUCUCCAAGUGUCUGUCAACAGUGAGAGUUAGGAUGGGUGCCCAGCUCAGGGUGCAUUCUAAGAACCCUCGUUUCAUUUGCAUAUAACCUUCAUUACAGGAAGUAAUUAGCUGAAGGAACAGCAUCAUCAAAGGCUCAAGGAGGAGAGAAAGUAAGUGUAACUUGUCCACCUCCAUUCAGUUUAGAUUGUGGUUUGUGGUUGCUUUUGUUCGGGUUAAAGGAAGUCUUACUCUGUUCCCAAACCGAGAAUGUAUGGACUGAAAAAGGAUAUAUCCAAAACCUAAAAGGCUGCCUUGCAAUUUGCUGUGGCCCAUAACACACACACACACACACAAAAAGGGCUAUUUUUUUUUUUUGCCAUUUAGGUUCCACCGUGUGCCCAACUUUCAGUUAACUAUGCUGUGGGGGAGUGGAUGGUCUGGGGAAAACAGGGUGCUGACACAACCCCAGAACAAUCCCCAUGACCCCCCCCCCACAAACACACAAGCUUAUAGGCACUAUUCUUGUCAGUUCAAUUUUCUAGGCAGAUCAAGAGCAGUGAUUUAUUUGAUUUUCCUAUGUCUGGUCGCUGGGAGGUUGGGUUAAAAAAACAGACGACGCAUUGAACAAAAACUGGCUGACCAGUAAUGGAGGGUUAAUUGUCCAUAUUCCCAAGAAGGGAAAAGAAAAGUCAAAGGAAAUUGUAGCCUGCUUCCUGGACCCCUUCCUCCUUCACCACUGCCAUCCCCCCACCAACGGAUUCAUUGGCCAACCUCCUGGAGGCUGGAAAAACUGCCCCAGAGACAAGCAGUUCUUGAUUUUGAUAGGCCGCCUUGCUCACCAAUGAGAAACAAGCUCUUAGCUCCCCUGCCCACACUCUAGCAGGCAGAGCAGCUGAAAAGCUACCCUGAGAGCUGAGGAGACUUGGAAGCCGCUUAGAAGCCUUCAGCCUAGGCCCUUGGUUGGUACAGUUCUGAAUUCCAGACUUCUGGGUACAGGCCGGGCUCACCAACCUCUGCGCAAUCCGUACUUGCCCCUGGUUUAGGCAGAGACCACUUAACAAUAAUAAGCAGCGAGAACCCAGUUGCUUUCGAAAGCAUCCCAACUAUUUGAAGGUCCUGAUCGAAUUUCAGGGGGUUUGCCUGACAUCAAAUAGACUCCUUCCUGGCCUGAAUUUACAUACGAAUGCCACACUCAUCUGCCCCAGCCUCAGCAUUCCAAAAGACAGAAAUAUUUUCCUCUGUAGGGAAGUGAAGGGGUGUUUGUGCUUUGGCCUAACAAAAGUGAAAAGCUUCCAGGGCCUUCUCCUGGGGAAGCACUUUGAACAGCUGAACUCUGAGGCCGAAUAUGAGACUCACAUAGUAUAGGAUUUGUUACUUCUGCUGAUUUUUCUGGAAGCUUCUCGUUUGCUACUUCUACUGGGUUUUGCCUCUCCCAUCACCUUGCUAUCUUUCAUGGUUUUCCCAAAAGGUUCUCAAGCUGAAUGACCGGACACCUUUAUGUUUUAAUGUUACCUUGAGUCUUGCUUUCCUCUACAGUAGUCUGUAUACCUGGGAUUUUUAUAACGUCUUCUGCAUCAUUAUUAUGGCCCUGAAAUUCCCAGUGGUGUUUCUCAUUAGCACAAGAGGAUUUGGGGCAGUGAUUAUAUGGCCAGAGGGAUCACCGAGGACUACAAAUAUUCCUUUAAUAUUUUGCAGCAGGGGAUCUAAUCCCAAACAAACAGCCAGACUGUAGAAUUUGUUAGUCAUUGAGGACCGUAAGACCAAACAUCUUUCCUGCUCUUAACACUCAACCUCUCUCACCCCUGUGACUAUCGUAACACCAGCUCUCUCUCCCACCGAGGCACAUACCACAGUGUUUGCUGCCUUGUACCCCUACUUGCUAAGACUAGAGAAGACAGGCUGGAAGCCCCUCCAGGCAGGCUUUCAGAGAACCUCCUACUGCCACUGUUACUUGUGCAGAUAAUAAUGAUAACAGGUUUUGAAGGUGGAAAUCAGAAGGGGUUCAAGUGAAAUGAAGUUGGCCCCAGGAGGUCAGCUUCCAUUUCAAGUUGUUUCCAUCCUUCUUGUUUGCUCUGGGUCCAGCCAAUAGCAGCAGGUGGCUCUGCUAGGCUGAGCUCAGUCUAGUCACGAGUAGAGGGAGUCAUCCCCAGGAUUGGUUAAUGGGUAGCUAAAAGUGCUUUGCUCUAGGUGAGUGUUGAUUACGUAUUUGUGGUUCAAAUGUUGAGGGGAGAGAGCAAGCCAUUCUUGGUACAACAGGAAGCCUCGCUGGUGCCCCCCUCCUUUGCCUGCCUCAUCUCUCGCCUGGGCCUCCCACCAGGCCCCAACUUGUCCCUCAGCCCCAACUCCCGUGACCUGCAUCCCUAGCCUACCACGUACCCUUUCAGGAGGCGGGACCACAGGCAGCGAAAUAGUUCACCUUAGCCUAAUGACCACAAGUCGACCAGUUGGUCCGAAGGCAUGACUUCGAAUGUGCAAAGAUGGAGGAGAUUCUAUAAGGCUGACAAUGCACAUCUCACCGGACAUCCAUCUUAAUUAACUCUCUAGAUGACAGGGAUCAGCUCGUGAUCCCGCUGUACCUGUCUGUCUGAGCAGAUGUGUCCAUGCACCUGCCCUCUUCCUCACAAACAAAUCAUCCCCUAAAAAAAGACGAGUUCAUGGCCAGGGCUCUGUUCCUCACUGGUGUAGCCUUCCAUCCUCACCAAGUGUAUAAACACAGUAGUAAGCUUUCACUGUAAUUGGAUCUGCCAGGGCCAGGACCAGAGUGAGGUGAAUGAGGCGCCCACUCUCAUGGCCGCGCCGUGCCCUAACCUCGGCCCAGCCCUGCUCUUUGCACUCUAUAAAUAUCAGUUUAUCUUCUUCCCGAGCACAAGUGUGGAUCCUCCAGUAACUCCCUAUCUGCCGUUGCACCAAAUAUCUUAUUACCAUCUCUUUUUCCACUGCUCUCAACCUUUGUAUGCCUAUACAUCAGAGAGCCUUCAAUAUGAUCAGAAGACACGGUUGAUUUCCAAGCAACCUGCUCCAACUGGCAAGUCAGCCCCCAUUUAGGUAGGGAUGCAGACAGGGGCAGCCCUUCAGCAAGAUCGUGAAUAAGUUGGAGGCCUGCCACUGGGACCCUCUCUCUCCUCUUUCUGCUCCAUGUUCCCCAGACCUUGGUUCCCAGAACCAACCCUCCUGAGUGCCUCCUCGUUUGUUCUCCUCAGUCAGAAAAACAUGCUCUCAGGAAAGAGAUGAAGUCCUUUACUUUGACAUUGUAAGGCUUAGUACUACCUUUUUUGAGGGUCACUUGCAUUUUAACAGGGGAAAAGCCUUAAGCCAAAGAAAUUGAAGUUCUACUUGUAGAAUGUUAGGCACCAAUUAGUUGCCGAAGUGUAUUUUUCACCACGGAAAGGCCAAAUUCCCUGACAGCUAACUCCAGAAGAUUAGAAAAUGCUGUAGUCUCCUGGAAUUAUUUUAUCACAUUGCCGGUGGUUGGCUACAUAGUCCUGAUCCCCAGUGCUGUCCUCUUGGACAAGGACUAAGGGACCACAUCUACCAAGAGACUCUCGGAAAUGGCUCCUGAAAGGCCGAGAUCCUUGCUAUUGUACAGUGACAUUUUUACACAAAUGGAAGUCAUACUAAUCAUUUUAGUAAAAGAACACAAGCAGUUAGAGUUUGUGAGACUGUGUCCUGUUCGUGAAAGGUGAAACUGUCCAAUGUCUGAUCGAUGUCGGUCGCCCGGUGUUGGUGGUGAUUAUUAAACUUACCGGAGGUACAACUUUACUGACCACAAGCCUCUGCUUCCCCUACCCUUAUUUAUGUUUUGUGCUAUCACUUCCGCUUGGUGUGAGAGAGACCAGAUCUCUGCCAGAGCACCCAGUCCCUCCGAAGCCUUUGCUUGUGUUUCAGCUGUAAGUCAUGAAGAUACUAGGGAUUUAAGAGGACAGGAGAGUGGGAAAGAGGUACAAACAGCUGCCUCCGUCAAAGGGCAGCAAGAAUUGUAAUUUAAACAAUGACAUGAAAUAAAGUUCUAGAAUAUUCUGAAGCAGACUUAUAUAGGGAUACAGUAGUAAAUGGUUAGCGACAAAUAUUUGAGGUGCUUUUUGUAAGUGUAACAAAAAUACAUUUGCAUAAGUAAUGGGUUGUGUGAAAUACGUAUAUAUGUUUGUUCAGCAAAGCCCAAAAUCGAGGCCGGUGGUUCUCAGAGUGUGAUCUCGGAACCAGCAGCCGCAGCCCUGGGAUGUGUGUGUGUGUGUGUGUGUCUGUGUGUGUAUUCCAGCAACGUUACUUCUUCAAGCCCCUGAAUCACUAUAGCCACGACUGUCCAAAUGGUUCCAGCCUUUUCCAUCGUUUCUUCUGUCCUUAGAGUGAUCAGUGUCUGGCCAAGUGAUGUAUAUUGUCGUGUUGGUCAGGUAUACAUUUGUCUGGUAUUAGGAAACGAUCAGAUUGCAUCAACUACUUGCUUAACCUGCAAAACCCUUGAUUUAACUUAGCCAGGACAUCUGACCUGUUUAGAGGUUUAAUUUUUUUUUUUUUUUUUUUGUAAUUCACGAAUAGGAAAAAGGAAGAAAUGUUCUGUUUGUUUGGUAUUGCCAACCCUUAAAUACCUAUCUUCACCGUGGUGGCUGUUCUCGACGAGGGCUCCGUUUUUAAGAUUUUGCCUACAUAGUGGAAUUUGAUAUCAACAAAUCCACCAACAAAAUCUGAACUGGAACAGCCAGUUAACCCCUCUCAGCUUCUCCUUAAUGCCAAGCUUUAUAGGAACUUACUCCUUAUGUGGUGUUCAGCUUUUUUUUAUGUCCAAUUUUAUAAGAUGUUAUGCAUGAGGACGCAGCAUUGUGCUCAUUGUAUAAGUCACCCCGAACUCAUUUCUUCCUCCGUAUGUAUGAUGGUGAUGAAAUAUCAGUCUGUAUGUCCUGACCUCUCCCGAUCAACUGUAAAUGACAAAUCUUUUCAUUGAUUUUUAAAUGAGAUAUAUUAACUCUGGCUAGUAGUUAAAAUUUUAUUCUUUUUAUUAUAUUUCAUUGCUACUCUUUUCUACUGACUCCAAAGCUAACUUUGGGGAAUAUUUCUUAUUUCUAGGUUGUUGUAUUUCUCUUAUUUCUAUAUUUACCUGUAGUCAUGGAAUGUUAGAACUGAAAGGGACCAACCUCUCAUGUCACACAUGAGGUCCAGAAAGGUCAAAUAACUUACACGAGGUCCUGUACACAGUAGGAGGGUCUGGCCUCAAUCCCAGGUCUCCUGCCUCUGGGGCCAGUGUGUUUUCAUUUAAAGCACUGCAUUUAGAGAGAACCCACAGCUGGCUUCUACUUUUAUGACAUAUGAAUUUCCCGGGUAUUUCAGUGAACUAAUUAGCUAUGCUUUAAGGGAAAAUGCUCAAGAUUUCUUUAGUUGAAUCUGAAGACAAAUCUCAUUUUCAAUUUAGAAACAUUCAUUUCCCCUCCAAAUUUACUUUGUUUUUCCUAAGAGAUGUUUGAAAAAUGAUUUUUUGUAGAUCAAAUUCCACUUUCUGGUAGAGAAGCGUCCUAUGUGGGGGAAUCUUCUGGCGACUUCUUUUGAUAAACAAAAAUCCAAUGUCCCCUAAUAUCUCUACUUCUUUUUAGUGUGACCUUUUGUAAUUGGUAUUUAUUUAAAGUAGGGCAAACCAAUAUAGGCUUUCCUAGAAUCUACUUUAUCCUUCCCUUCUGAAACUUUAUGAGAUAUUUUCAGACUGUUAGAUGCUCGUGAGAUCUUUAGUUGUGUUCUAGAAACUUCACCUAACUUGAUGUUACGUCAAUCCCUGGGCUCAAACUAUCUCCAUCUUACCAGAAAAUUACAGAAUUUCCUCAUCAGUACUGAGCUCUGCAUGCAUUCUCUUUUCUGGAACAUUCUUUGCCUAGUGUGACUCUAUUUAGCUAUUCUUGGGCUUCCUUCCAUGGUUCAUGCAUACCUUACUAUUCUGUGGAACUGCAGUCAGUGUCCCUUUAGGGCCAUGCUAGUCACAUGGAGUGGUCUUUCCAGUUAUUUCCAUCGUUCCCUUGUUUCUACUGGACCUCCUCUGGUUUCCAUUUUCAGGAAUGCUCAGAGAUUGGUGGGAUCUUGACCCGGCGGGGGGGGGGGGGGGAGUUGACACGCAUUUUUGGCAAAGGGCCAGACAGUAAGUAUUUUAGGUUUUGGGGUCCACACGUGGUCUCUGCAGCAUAUUUUUCUUUGUCGUUGUUUCUUUUUUUCUUUUUUUCACCACACUUUAAAAAUGUAGAUACCAUUCUUAGCUCUUGGGCCAUAGAAAGCCCCAAGCUGGAUUUGACCUGCUUGUCAUAGUUUACUGACCUCUGGUCCAGACAAUCUACUGGGACAGGCAUUUCUGUGACUGGCCCCAUGUGAUAACUAAAUUGUAUGCUGGAUGAUGGGGCUCGCUACCCUCCCAUCUACUUACUACACUGUCACACCAGUCUGCACAGAAGUGGGUGGAGAAGGGCUGCAUAUGUCAACCCAUGACUCUAAUAGGGUACUCUUCAUCAUGGUCUUUCUCUCUCUCUUUCUCCCUGUCUCUCUGUCCCUCUGUUUCUCUCUCACUGACUACCUUGGUGUAGAAACCCUCAUUCAUUUUUCCAGACCUCCUGACCUGAGCCGAAGGCAGCCGCUUAACCCCCUGAGCCACCCGGGUGUCCCUGCUUUCUGAACCUUUAAAAGGAUUCCCUAGGGGCACCUGGCUGGCUUAGUCCAUAGAGCAUCUGACUUUUGAUCUUGGGGUUAUGAGUUCAAGCCCUUCAUCAGGCCUAGACCUUACUUUAAAAAAAGAAGAAAAAGAAGAUUCCGUAAAGUUUCCUCACAAGUCUCUCCAUCUCGCUCCCAUCUCUACGUCUCCUGCCACCUGGGAGUCUAAAGCUCAGAUUCGCAUUUUCACAUUUGCUCAUAGAAGCACUGAGGGGCAUGAGGGAUGAGGGCGGGUGCCUGAGCGUGUGAGCAUGGUUUCUCCCCUGGGACUGUGAAGGCCCCAUUGACUAAUGUCUCUCUCUCUCUCUCUCUCUCUCUCUCUCUCUCUCUCCUCACACACACACACACACACACCAUGUACACAUGCACACACUCCAUCCAGUGUUCUCAUCAGUUCUCUGGUCCAGGUCUACGUCUGGUCAAGGAGAAGGGGAUGGUGUGCGGCUCCUGAGGCAUUUCCCUUUUUCUUGUCUUUUGAAACCUUCUCUUGGCUGGUUUGUGCCGGCUUCUCUCAAGAAGCCAUUUGAAGAAACUCCUUUGUGACGGUUGUGGACAGGCUGACAUACAGAGCGCUAGGACUUUAACUCAAUAUGAACUCGGUCACUCAGACAUACUUCUGAGGCUGCAGUUUUUCCUCUCGAAGCAAAUUGUCUCUUAGGACCUUUUGGCUUGCUUCCUGUCAUUUGAGCCCAGGGAUCUGCCCAGUUACUGAAAACUAAAUUUUAAAGUCAGAGGCAUGUGUACCUUUCAGGAUCUCCCUAUGUGAAAACAUCCGUGAAACAGUUUCUUUCUGCCUUUGGUUUAAGAUUGCCAGACUGAGGAAGGCAACCAGGCUUAUGCCUUGAACUCUAAGACAGCGAAAGGGUUACACUUGCCAAAAGCAAAACGAGGAAGGAGGAUUGACUAGUCCUACUGUGCAUAGUCAGGAGACAGACUCUUCUUACGUUGGCAUGCAGGGCUUACUAAGUGCCAACAACGCACUUAAGAAAAAUAAGGGAGACAGGAAUUUACAGACCAAUAUCCUAAACUGGAAGGCGGCGAUAAGGCCAUUCCCCCAGUGAUGAGACAGUGUCCCUGGAUAAAAAUUUCAAGAAGCAGCAGAAACUAGGAGAGAUCAUCAUCCCAAUCCUUUUUAGAAUUCUAACACAAAACGGAAGGAAGCCCUCUGUGGGGUGAUAUGACAAAGGGUUUUUCUUGUCUUUUCUUUCUUUCUUUCUUUCUGUCUGUCUGUCUGUCUGUCUGUCUUUCUUUUUUUCUUUCUUUCUUUCAGCAUUCCAUACUGGCUUGCUACCAGCAAUUGAAGUGUAUUCUUUAUAUGCUAGAGCUGUUUGUGUCUUCUCAAAAUAAAUUGUUU